CGCCACUACCUCUACACCCCCUCUCCUAUUCUGUUGCAGGUCGGUGUCGCCGGCUCUCCCCCGUUUAAUGCUGCCGUCACCGUCGUUUUUGUUCCGUUAGUGGCGCCGCAGCCUCUCUCCUAGCGGCUUCGCAUUGUUUUCUAAGAAUAGCGGAAUUAUAAUGAAAAAGGAACACCCUCCUGGAAGAUUGGGACGUGGUUUGUGUCUGGCUGUCUGAUUGGGAAACAGUGAUCGAAUUCUCUUCUAAUUCCACAGCUCAAUUCGUCUUUCACUCAGGUUUCCCCUUUUCGCAUGAACAUGAACCUUCGAAGAGAAGGGGCCUACGAAUUAGGAAAUGAAUGACGUAAAGAGGCUCUUACAUCUAAAUUGCUUAUUCUCCAUUAUGGUCUCAGUAAUGGGGGUUACAAUUUGUCUUCUAUGAGCCUGGUUGAUCGUCAAAUGGGCAUUUUCACUUCCAAGCACACGACGUUUUAUUACCAUAUUAAUUCCAUUUCAACAAACUAAAAAUGCAUUAUAAAUUGUACCAUUUAUAUAUAGUAUAGAUUACCCUUCCAAUUUCUCUGCCUUCUUUUCCUCUCAUUUCUGCAAGCGUCUGAAUUCGCCGUGGAGACUACCUGCUUGUGCCUAUGGUGAUUCCAGCGGCCCUGGUGAUCUUGCCAUUGGGCGUCCUCUUCUUUGUCUCUGGCCUCGUCGUCAAUCUCAUUCAGGCAAUAUGCUUUAUCCUUAUAAGGCCGAUAACAAAGAAUGGGUACAGAAGGAUUAAUAGAUUGGUGGCAGAGUUGUUGUGGUUGGAGCUUGUUUGGAUAGUUGAUUGGUGGGCAGGUGUUAAGAUUAAAGUGUACACAGAUUGUGAGACCCUUAAACUGAUGGGUAAAGAACAUGCACUUGUUGUCUCUAAUCACAGAAGUGAUAUUGAUUGGCUUGUUGGAUGGAUUCUGGCUCAGAGAUCUGGAUGUCUUGGCAGCACGUUAGCUGUAAUGAAGAAGUCAUCAAAAUUGCUGCCAGUUAUAGGUUGGUCAAUGUGGUUUUCCGAGUAUCUUUUUCUUGAAAGAAGCUGGGCCAAGGAUGAAAUUACUUUAAAGUCAGGUCUUUUACGGUUGAAGGACUUCCCUUUGCCUUUUUGGUUGGCACUUUUUGUAGAAGGGACUCGAUUUACUGAGGCAAAACUUUUGGCAGCUAAAGAGUAUGCCAAUGCAAAUGGAUUACCUGUUCCUAGGAAUGUUUUGAUUCCACGUACAAAGGGUUUUGUGUCAGCUGUAGGUCAUAUGCGCUCAUUUGUUCCAGCAAUUUAUGAUGUAACAGUAGCUAUUCCCAAAAGCUCACCUCCACCGACAAUGCUAAGACUCUUCAAGGGGCAGCCUUCUGUGGUACAUUUGCACAUAAAGCGACAUUCAAUGAAGGAAUUGCCUGAGACAGACGAUGCCAUUGCACAAUGGUGUAGAGAUAUGUUUGUGGCAAAGGAUGCGCUGAUGGAUAAGCAUGUAGCAGAAGACACCUUUAGUGACCAAGAAUUACAGGACCUUGGUCGGCCAAUCAAGUCUCUACUGGUAGUAAUUUCAUGGACAUGUUUACUCAUCUUGGGGUCCCUCAAGCUUCUUCAAGGCUCUUCCUUCUUAUCCUCAUGGAAAGGUCUUACUUUCUCAGCAUCCUGCCUCGCCAUUGUUACAGUUCUCAUGCAGAUCCUCAUACGUUUCUCCCAAUCGGAGCGGUCAACCCCUGCAAAGGUCGUCUCGGCCAAGCCUAAGAGCAGUGGUGAACCACACGACACCAGAGGGGAGUCUAAACAGAACUAGACUCUAGAUAUAUUGUACUUUUGUCAAAAACCUUGUAUUUUUUACACACGGUUACUUGUUUACAUGCAGUUUAGGUUGUGUUUUAGCUACGGUAUUCUAUGACAAGUCUUUUUCCUUCUCAAACUAAUCAUUUGCCUCCACAGCAUCGUGUAUUUGACUGGCAAAUUACCAGAUUGGUGUUCGAUUCUUUUGUUUUUAAAACAAUUGUCUUGUUUUGA